CCUUUGGAGUAGCGUUGGACAUAAAAAUGUCACCUUUGGGUCCCUUUGUUUUCCUAUUCUGCUUUGCAGUUGGUCUUGCAUCUUUUAAUUGUCUGAAUCCUGGAUACAACUGUAAAAAUAACGCCCCGUGUGACUACUUUGGUCGUUGUAAUUGCCCUCCUGGGUUUCAAGGCUACGAUUGUGGACUAGAUUCUUCCACUAUUUCAAGUUCUGUAGACUGUCGGGCCACUUGUCUCAACAAAGGAAUCUGCUAUAGUAGUACAUUAUGUUACUGCACAGAUGGUUUUAUUGGUUCCCAAUGCGAAAUCCCUGUUCUUAGUGCUGAAUGUGGUUUAAACUCAAUGAAGAUUCGAAGCUUUCGUCCCCCUUCGUUCCAAGGAGAAAUGUAUCUGAGACAGAGUAUGUUCGGAUGCCAGCUGAGAGAAAUGGUCACAGACGUCCCAGGUGUGAGAAUGUAUGAGUUAGAGGUCCCCCUCCGAGCCAUUUCACCCUGUUCAUUGACAAAAACUAUGAACGAAAAGACAGGGGACACGGUUUAUGACGUAGAUGUAGCUACCGCGCAUCACAAAGGUCUCUUUAGCAUGUCAGAUUCAGUACAUAAAGUGACGUGUGUCUAUAAAUCAAGGAAAAUUGGCGAGAACCCAGUUGAUGUAACAAAGGAAAUGAAUCCAUUUCAAGUAAGGUUGACAAACGAUAACAAUCGACGUCUUCAACAGGUUCCGCGAGGCGAUAUCUUCUUUUUCAAUGUAGAUAGUAGUGGCAAAAAUCCAGACAUUGGGGGUACUAGAGUAAGUUAUCUUGAAGCAUACACUCUUGAUCAACAAACUGGAAUGAUGAGAACCCUUAAACUAAUUGAGAAUGGAUGUCCAGUUAGAAGUACAAUCGACCGAUAUGGGAUGUCUAUUUCCAAUGAAGAGCAUAGCUAUCGAGGUUUCUUUACUGGACGAGCAAAACUUGAAAGUUUCGAAAUUAUUAUUGGAGAGCCAAUACAACUGGAUUACAGAGCCCAAAUGUGCAAAAGACGAUGUCCACAGGCAAUCUGUAAUUCACCACAGCCCUUACGAUUACCCAGGGUAACUCCAUUUAAGCACCCCACGCAGGCAAUAGAUGUUGUGUAAAGAGGAGACAAUGUUCUUUGAUGUUAUCAAAUACAAGUAUUACUAAGACAAUUCAGUGUACGCGCAUCGUGUAGAAUUGAAUCUCUGUUAUGUAUACAUUAUUUCGCAUUCCAGUUACCAUAGUUAUGAAAUUUUGGUUGAGUUUCCAAAAAAAAUAGAACAACAGAGAAUAUUCAUUCAUAUAUAUCCUUAAUAUUAUAUUCUGGUUAAUUUGUUUCAGUGCUUACUGUCUGAGGAUAAAUGUUUUGGUCAAAGAAUAUUGGUUUCUUAAUAGAUUGAAAGAUUGUAAAUACUCUUCAAGAUAUGUUUCAAAUGUUUUGGAUUUAGACGAUCAAAGUGUUAUACAUACAUGUAGUUAACGUUACUUCGUAGAAAAAAAAAUGGAGUACAGAAAAACUUUUGUCGAACACAAAAAAAAUUUGAUCCUUUCUUCCUAUAAAUUUUUUAUAGGAAAAAGUACCAUUUUAAUCACAAUGAAUGUGAAUUGUUGUACUCCGUUUCAUCAUUACGUCCUACAUGUUUUUAAUAUGUCUGACAAUCUGCAGCAUAGCAAAAUAUUAUCACCUAUCAUGGCAUCAUUAUUGGCAUCAAUAUAUGUCAAUAAAUUUAUUUAUCUAAAUAAUA